UGAUAUCUGAAAAACUUGGAGAAAUGAUGAUGGCUGUUGUGUUUUUAAUAAAUUUUGGAUGCGAAAUAAACGCAUUUUUAUGAUAUUUUCUUUACUUCCAUAUCUUUAGAAUGCUACCGUGAUUGUUAUUUAAAUAGACAUAGAUCUAGCUAUUAAACUGUUUUUCCUCUGAAAAGAAUGGAUGAGCCUAUGGAAGCAUCAUAUAAUCCUGCGUUGGACGGUGUACAACAGCAGGGCCAGCAACAAGUUGAGCAAGUACUUUUAGGACACAGGGAUCAACACACUUUUGGUAAUAGUGUUAAUAUGAAUGUUGGUUUGGCCACACCAUCACCUGCUUCAAGUCAUCCAGGCAUAGCUUCUGAUGAUACUAAUAUCACUAAACCACAUUUUACACCUUUGUUACGCCCUGGCAGUAUGGUGAUGAUGACUCUUACUGAAGAAGAUUAUGAGGUGCAAUAUUGGCCUAAACUGAAAACUGCAAUUGAUCAUCUCCUAAACAUAAAGCCUGGUGCCUACAUCCCUAUUUCAUAUGAACAAAUGUACAGUUGUGUUUACAAAUGUGUAUGCAAGCAAUUUUCUGAAAGGCUCUACAACGAUUUACUAAACCAUCUUACCUCUCACAUGGAAUAUCUAAAUCAAGAGUUGAGGAAACAUGAGGGAGAAACCAUUCCUUACAUUGAAACAUUUUCCUUCCUUAUGCAUCAGUAUCUCCAAGCACUGUCAGGAAUUGUUCCCAUCUUCAAUUACAUGAAUCGAUUUUAUGUAGAAAACAAGUUAAAAACAGAUUUAAAUGAAGAGUUGCGAAAAUUGUUUUGCUUGAAAGUAGUAGAUGUUCAUAUUGGAAAUCUGAUAAAAAUGUUAGAUGAAGUCAGUGCCGUACCAUUUGCAAUAUCUCCACCUACAAUGGCAAGUGUUAUGAAAAAUCUGUAUGCUUUAAAUGAAGGUUAUUCCAAGUUAAACCCAGCCUUGUUUUCUCGCUACCUUCCCAACAUUCUUCCUCCAACUGACCCUGCCUACCUUGAUCAAUAUGCACAGGAAGCUAGAACAGUCCAACAACACAUUGCUUCUAUGGAAUUCAGCCACAGUUCAACUAGAAAGCGUGUUUAUGAAGAUGAUAUUUCAGUAAAUUGAUUAUCAUCAAUCAGGGAAUUUGCAUUUCUGUGAUAGCCAGUGGUGUGCUACUGUUGAUGUGGUAACUUAUUUCCCUCAACUAGGCUGAACUGAAGACUUUUUUAUGAAUUGCAUCACUGUGGAUUAAAAAUGAUUUAAUUUCUGCAUGUUUUUUUUAAAUGCCAAAUUUAAACAAAUGUUUUGAAAAGUUUAGUUUAUUUCAAUUAUUUGAAAUUUAUUCUUAUCUUCUCAAAACACUUCCUUUUGGUAUUCAUUAGUAAGACUACAUAAGUUAUUCAUUUAUGCAUCAAUAAGUUCUAGCUAACUCUUUCAGCAUGUCAUGUCUGUCUUAUUUGAAUGCUAGAUCUUUAAAAAAAAUAGAUUUGGAAUAUUCCUUUUCUUACUGGCUACUAGUGUUGUUAUUGUUUUUGAAAUUGUAUAAGAUUAAAUGCACUGUCUCAAAUAUGACCAGUCUUAAGAUUAUUGUGGGAUGCCUCACAGAGCAGGUGCUUUUUUUCAUAAACAUUGUCUUGUGAUUACCAAAGAAACUUAUUUUGGGACAUAAUAAUGAUUAUUUAAAUGCUGGGAUGCCCCAUUCAGAUUGGACCAUCUGUGUGUAUUGACUAAACUCUUCUAAUUCCAUGAUGCUAACAUUUUUAUGACAAACUCUUGUCAAUUUAGCUAAGAAUCUUUUUUUUUUUUUUGGAUAUAUAUUAAAUAAUUUGAUUUAAAGAAUCAUUUUUGGUUGUUUUAUUUUGGACUUAUUGUUAUUGUUUUAUAUCUAUAUAUAUACAAAUUGCAUUUUUUUCCAAUUAUUGAACUUAAACUAUCAUAAAGAAACUUAAUUUACUUUCGUACUGUAGUAUUUCUGUGUAUUUAUAACUUUCAUUAGUUGGGGGAAAAUAAAGAUAAUUCAGACUCACCAUCAUUUAUGUUAGAUGGUUAUAUUUGACAAGUAGCAGUUUUAGGGGAUAGACACACACAGCUUAAAUGUCAUCACUGAAGUUAAUUUAAAGUCAGAUUUUGUUAAUUUUCUUUUAAAUAUUAUUAAUCAAACUUGCUUUUCAGAAAAAAAAUUUACCUGUUGUUUUUUUUUUCAAGGCAAGUUGCCAGUUUGAUUCCAGUUUUCUCAUGUUUUUCUCGUUAUAAGAAAUAUGAAAAUAAUUUAUUUGAUCAUCUUUUUUGUCUUUUUUUCUAAACUUUGAAAUUUUCGGUAACAUAAAUAUACUUUUCAAGCACCUAAUUUUUUUAUUUUUUUUUUAAAUUCCACUGACUAUGUAUUAUAUUCAUUAGUGAAUCAUUUUUGUUAGCAAAAGACACAUUUCUGACUCAAAAAUUUAAAUGGUGGGGGGUGGUAUUAGAAUGUUAAUGGGUUAAUUACAUCAUUAUUACUUUUUUUUAAUUAUCAAUUUAGGAUAGCUGAGUGCUUUAGCGAGCACAAAAAUGUAUGUGAACUAAUUUGAAUGCUGUGUAUGAUACCUAACUUCUCCUGUGUUGAAAGAAUUGUCCUUUUUGUGUGUUACAUUAUAAAAGGGAACGAUAUUUGAAAUGUAUACAAGUAAAUCUAUGUUAAGUCUUGUUUCUCAUAUUCUUGAUAAUGAAAUAGGCAGACCUCUUUAACUUGUUAUGCGGUUCAUGUGUAGAUCAUGUGGAGACUUAUUACUUAGUGUCCAUACAUCAAAGAGGCUGUCUUGUAUCUCUAAGUCUAUUAUAGUCUCAUAAAAUGUAUUUGUUCAUUUUCACUAAAUAUUUGUGAUUGUAUGACACUAAACUUGGGAGCUGCACUCUUUCUUCUGUCAAUAAUUGCAGUACUUGGAAUCAGGGAACUAGUGUCUGUUUUACUCUUUUAUAAAUAAAUAUAAAAUAUCUAAACCUACAAGAAAUUAUUUUUAGUACAUUUCUUUUUGUUGGCUUUUUUUUUUAAACCUACUCUAUGAGUGUUUAGGUAGCCACAAAGUUAUGAUUUCUGAACAUGUUUACUUGUUAUAAUUAAAAAAAAAAGAUUUCCUUUUUUUUUCUAUUUUACUAACAUUUUUUUUUCUCCAUAUUUCAUUUAGUCAUUGAUUUGAAUGUUUUCAAGUUUGUAAAUAAAUGCUUUUAACUUGUUUCA